AUGAACAACUUGCUAGGGGAUAUUCCCGACUGGGCAAAGGAUGAUUCCGAUGAUGAUGACCCAAAGGAAAAAGAUGGCGAUGUUGAAAUGGCUCAGAAAAAGGUGACAAUUAUGGAUCACUUCUUCCGCGAAGUAGAUAAUAUCAAGGCAGAUAUCGAAGCCGUUGCGGAAGCCGCCAAGACAAUCGAUAAAAUCAACGAAGAGGCAAUGAGAGCGACCACAACCGCCGAAGAAAAUAAACUAUCAAAACAGCUGAAGCCACUUAUUGAUUCGACGAACAAUAGGGCGAGGAGGACCAAGACCUUAUUGGGUUUAUUGAAGGAAGAAUCAGAAAAGUUGGAAAAGGAAGAAAAACUGAAUGCUUCCGAUCUACGUGUCCGAAAGAAUAUGACCACAACCUUGACCCGCAAAUUUGUGGAUGAAAUGAAGCUUUAUCAACAGGCACAACAACAAUAUAAGACAGAUAUUAAGAAGAAGGUGAAACGACAAGUUCAAGUUGUGAAACCAGACGCAACUGACGAGGAUGUCGACCGAGUCAUGAAGAGUGAAGGUGGGAAAGAUGCAUUGUACAAGGAGAAAAUUUUGGCUGGAAGUGUCAAUGACCAAAUUAAAACAACCUAUGCCAAGGUUGCUGGAAAGUACCAAGAUGUUCUGACGUUAGAACAGUCUGUGGCUGAGCUGCAUCAAAUGUUCUUGGACUUUGCAUUGUUAACAGAGCAGCAGGGAGAGCUGUUAGAUCAGAUCGAGUUUCAAGUGAAGCAGGCUAAUGACUAUGUGGAGGAGGGUAAUGUUGAGUUGGUGGAAGCAAUCGUAUAUCAAAAGGCCAUUAGAAAGAAGCAAUGUAUGAUUAUCGGGGCUGCAGUUGUAGCUGUAAUUGUACUGCUUUUCGUUACUGGAAUCCUUCCCUAA